UUCGUGCGUCCGCGCGUGAGAGACAAGAAGCGUGUUCCUGAGAAGAUCGUGAGACUGAAGAAGAGACAAGAUGGAGAAGAACCUGAGGAGAACAACACGGAGCCGAGGAGCCAUGGAGCUGCGUGUCCGGCUCGACACACGAGAAGCUCGUUCCCGGGAAGAACCUGAGACUGAAGAAGACACGAAGAAGAAGAACGUGAGGAGAUCAACAAGGAACCGAGGAGCCGUGGAGCUGCGUGACCGGUGUGAGAGCGACAACUCCGGGGACGAGAUCUCAGACUCCGACAGCGGACUGUCCUUCGACUCUGGUCCGGAGGACAUGUUCCUGGACGGGAGACACAUCACACUGGACGAGAUGGAACCAUCUGAUGUGACCUGGGAGCCAGAGUCUUCACAGCCAACCAGCAAGCGUCCACGUGGAGAGGAGGAGCAGGACAGCAGGACAAGACCGAGAGGCCGAGGACGGGGGAGCAGCAGCAGCAGAGCCGGGUUGUCCACCAGCACAUCUGGAGAGAGGUGGAAUGAUGUGGACGUUCCAGACAUCACACCACCACAGCCCACCUUCUGCCCCGCCCGGUCACCAGGACCCCAGCUGGGACGCUCAGCUACCUACACGGCCCUGCAGCUGUUUCAACGCUACUUCACCAGCUCUCCACCAAGCCGUGGACUGAUGUGA